AUGAGUUAUAAAGCUUCAGAUAUUGACCCCAAUAACAGGAGUUAUAAAGCUUCAGAUAUUGACCCCAAUAACAGCAGUUAUAAAGCUUCAGAUAUUGACCCCAAUAAUAGGAGUUAUAUAACUUCUGAUAUUGACCCCAAUAACUGGAGUUAUAAAGCUUCAGAUAUUGACCCCAAUAACUGGAGUUAUAAAGCUUCAGAUAUUGACCCCAAUAACAGGAGUUAUAUAACUUCUGAUAUUGACCCCAAUAACUGGAGUUAUAAAGCUUCUGAUAUUGACCCCAAUAACAGGAGUUAUAUAACUUCUGAUAUUCACCCCAAUAACAGGAGUUAUAAAGCUUCAGAUAUUGACCCCAAUAACAGGAGUUAUAAAGCUUCUGAUAUUGACCCCAAUAACAGGAGUUAUAAAGCUUCAGAUAUUGACCCCAAUAACAGCAGUCAUAAAGCUUCUGAUAUUGACCCCAAUAACAGGAGUUAUAAAGCUUCAGAUAUUGACCCCAAUAACAGCAGUUAUAAAGCUUCUGAUAUUCACCCCAAUAACAGGAGUUAUAAAGCUUCUGAUAUUCACCCCAAUAACAGGAGUCAUAAAACUAAUUCUGAUAUUGACCCCAAUAACAGCAGUUAUAAAGCUUCAGAUAUUGACCCCAAUAACAGCAGUUAUAAAGCUUCUGAUAUUGACCCCCAUAACAGGAGUUACAAAGCUUCUGAUAUUGACCCCAAUAAGAGCAGUCAUAAAACUAAUUCUGAUAUUGACCCCAAUAACAGGAGUUAUAAAGCUACAGAUAUUGACCCCAAUAACAGCAGACAUAAAGCUUCAGAUAUUGACCCCAAUAACAGGAAUUAUUAA